GGUAUGAUCCAGCCCAGUAUUUAAAUCAGGGAGAUUGAAGACUGUGCUGUUCGAGCACUGAAAACCGGCGCGAUCCAAGAAACAGCUGAAAGGAACCCAGAGGCAAGAAGAAAAGGCUCUGAGAAGGCGGGGUGGGAACCGGAUCAGCACCAUAGAAGCUGGCGAGAGGACCUACAAGCAGACAGGAACAAGAGAGGUCGUUGUGGCGCUCGACCAGCUCCUCACUGUUUGCUGUCCGUGCAGCGGGGGAGGGUACAGCUGCCGUCCCAGGCCUAGUUAGAUGUCCCAGACUCCCGGCAUCCCGCAGGAGCUCAGACCAGGCCACUGCGUCACUAACUGGGAGAGUUGGACUAUCAAGACAGGGGAGAGGAGACUUGUCUGGUGCAUCUGGGCCAAAGCCCCUUAAGCCCCAGCGUUCACUCCCAGGAACUCCUGUCUCUCUGAAAAACUUGCCGGUCGACCUUCGAACCUCCAUGGAAGAGAAGUACAAAGAGAUUGCAGAGGAGCUGUUCUCUCGCAGCAUGGCGGAGAGUGAGAUGCGCAGCGCCCCCUAUGAGUUCCCAGAGGACAGCCCCAUCGAGCAGCUGGAAGAGCGGCGACACCGCCUGGAGAGGCAGAUCAGUCAGGACAUUAAGCUUGAGCCAGAGAUCUUGCUACGCGCCAAACAGGACUUCCUGAAAAUCGACAGUGCCACAGACCUAGAGUUAAUAAAGGAGAAGAGUGUUGAUGCUGUUGAUAAUGGCCUUAAGGAGAGGGAAAUGCCAAUGGAGAGAGAGUACCAGCGGGUGUCUAUAUCUGGAGAGGAAAAAUGUGGGGUGCCCUUCACUGACCUGGUUGAUGCCGCCAAGUGUGUGGUGAAAGCUUUGUUCAUUCGGCAGAAAUACAUCAACAGAUCCAUGCAGUCCUUUUGCAAGACCACGGCUCAGUCCUUGCAGGACCUGAGCUUGAAGCCGCAGGACUUGAGACUCUACGACGAAAUCGCAGAAACCCCCGUCGACAUCGAUGCCCCCGUCCACCCGCCUGUUUCUGCGACGCACCCAUACGACAAUCAGGACCCCCAAAAUAUGCCCCUGGAUGUGGGAUACAGCUGCAAGAUGAUAGACGGCGUCAUGCAUGUCUACACCAAGAACAGCGUCAUGGACAAAAGCACAGAAUUAGACCUGCCCUAUCCUGACCUGAAAGAAUACAUUGCCGACAUGAACGUUAUGAUGGCUCUCAUUAUUAAUGGCCCGGUGAAGUCUUUCUGCUACCGUCGCCUACAGUACCUGAGCUCCAAAUACCAGAUGCACAUCCUCCUGAAUGAAAUGAAGGAGCUAGCAUCCCAGAAGAAAGUCCCUCACAGAGACUUCUACAACAUACGCAAAGUAGACACGCACAUACAUGCUUCGUCCUGCAUGAACCAGAAGCACCUGCUGCGCUUCAUCAAGAGGGCCAUGAAGAAAUACCCCGGGGAGAUUGUUCACAUCGAGCGCGACCGGGGUCAGACUCUCAAGGAGGUCUUUGAGACCAUGAAUCUUACGGCUUUCGACCUGAGCGUGGACACGCUAGAUAUGCAUGCGGACCGCAACACAUUCCACCGUUUUGACAAGUUCAAUGCCAAAUACAACCCCAUCGGAGAGUCCAUCCUGAGGGAGAUUUUCAUCAAAACUGACAACCACGUUGAGGGGAAAUACUUUGCACACAUUGUCAAGGAGGUGAUGGCUGACCUGGAGGAGAGCAAGUACCAGAACUCUGAACUGCGGCUGUCUAUCUACGGGCGUUCCAGAGACGAAUGGGACAAGCUGGCCCAGUGGGCAGUCAAACAUCGGGUGUAUUCGGAUAACGUGCGUUGGCUUAUCCAAGUACCCCGCCUAUUUGAUGUAUAUCGUACAAAGAAGCAGUUGGCUAAUUUCCAAGAGAUGCUGGAGAACAUCUUCCUGCCGCUGUUUGAAGCCACCAUCAAUCCCCGCAGUCAUCCCGAGCUGCAUCUCUUCCUGGAGCACGUUGUGGGUUUUGACAGCGUGGAUGACGAGUCCAAACCUGAGCACCACAUUUUCAAUAUGGACAGUCCUCUGCCGGCCAACUGGAGAGAGGAGGAUAACCCGCCCUACUCGUACUACCUCUACUACACCUACGCUAACAUGACCGUGCUCAACCACCUCAGGAGGAGGCGAGGAUUUCAUACAUUUGUGCUGCGACCUCACUGCGGGGAGGCGGGGCCAAUCCACCACCUGGUGUCGGGUUUCAUGCUGUCAGAGAACAUCUCUCAUGGUCUGCUGCUCAGAAAGGCCCCUGUGCUGCAGUAUUUGUACUACUUAGCUCAGAUCGGCAUCGCCAUGUCGCCGCUAAGCAACAACAGCCUGUUCCUCAGUUACCACCGCAAUCCACUGCCAGAGUAUCUGUCGAGAGGCCUCAUUGUGUCCCUGUCCACCGACGACCCCCUCCAGUUCCACUUCACCAAGGAACCUCUUAUGGAGGAGUACAGCAUUGCAACACAAGUGUGGAAGCUGAGUUCCUGUGACAUGUGUGAGCUGGCAAGAAACAGUGUUCUCAUGAGUGGAUUUUCACACAAGGCCAAAAGCUACUGGCUGGGUCCCAACUAUUACAAAGAAGGUCCGGAGAGCAACGACAUCCGCCGCACCAACCUCCCGGACAUCCGCGUGGCCUAUCGCAGCGAGACGCUCUCUGAGGAGCUCAACCUCAUAACCCACGCCGUGCGCACGGAGGAGCUGGAGACCAUCGACGAAGAGGACCCCCUGUGCAUGGGGCCUCUCCCGGGUGGCCACUGAUGACAAGAUCCCGACCACUGCCCCCGUGUCUCUCUCCUUCCUUCCAGUAAACGCACACCUGCAUCCUGCAUCCACCACCACACCUUGAAGGCAAGUGAGUGCCAACCGUACGCCAACGAACCACUCCUGUCAGCACAAUUGUUCUCUCGCGACAAGCUAGCACAGCCCGCCAUUUUGAAUCCAUCCAUCCACGCUGUAUGGCGCACAUGCCGCCGUCAUUCCGCAGUCUUGCGUACUCUUUUCCGAAUGCACAAGCAAACGUUUGCAGCUCAAAGCACAGCAAAGCUUUCGAAGGGUCCCGAUUCUUUCCCUCAUGGCUUCUUAGCAUAGCUGCAGGGAGCCCCCCCCUCUGUUAUCAAAGGCUACAGACUCUGCAAACAUUCCACGGAGCGAGAAUGAAAGCAUUCUUGUGGGAUUUCAAGCGUAAAAAAGGCUUGUUUACUUCACAGCGGCCAUGAGGAAGUGGUGCCUCCACACUCACUCCUUCCUCAGACAAGAGAGUUAGUGUUUUUGCAUGCAUUGCAUUGUAGUUCUGCACCAAGAAAGUCAUCGCCAACUUUUGUUCCACAAGAAUGCAGCUGAAACCACUUAGCUGCAUGCAUACUUUGCGUCCAAAUAUUUUUUAUUUGUGCACGGUUGCAUGAGUCAUGAGGAUGACGCCACAAUGUAAACCAACGACAUUCUCAUAGCUAAAUGCAUUUAUUGGCCUUCUGCAUAUUGUAAAAAAACAAAAAAAAAACAAGCCAUUAUCAAUAAGAAAUAUUAUUAGAUAUUAUAUUCAUUUUCUUUGUCACAGAUAACACAAAGCUACGGUAUUUUCUUUUGAUACCCUUGCACGGAUUGAUUGUUUUCUGCACCUUAAACGCACAUGUAUCAAAGUUGUUCAAACAUCCUUCAGUUUGCAGAUUGCGUACGAAUCCCACGCCUCAAAUGGCCCAUAGAGGGCAUUUUAACCUAUCAUCCCACAGAACCGUGUACAGAAAGAGUUUGGGCAACCUGGUUUCCGGCAAUUAUUGACUAAAAGGCACUCAAGUGACAACAGGGCGCCAUGUUUGUUAUCAACUUUGAGCAGAUGCUAUGUGUUAGCGGCGCUUCCUCGAUAAUUUUUUCAAAGUGUAUAAAUGUCCAAUUCUCCUCCCGCGAGAAUUGUGAAAAGCCUUUACAUCGCUUUCCCCACAACACAAAAAAAACACAAGUAUAGGAAGUGAAAGUUCCAUGUCAAAACACUGGAAAGGCACCAACUACUGCGUCUUGCGCCAGGUAAACACACAACACAACGUCUGUGUUGUUCAGGAGAGAACACACAGAAGCUAAAACGAAUGAUAACGGAAGAAAUUUAAAAAUAAAUAAAUGAUUUGACAUAAAUAGACUAUCUUUGAAUUUCAGUAAAACAAAAAUAAUUAAAUUUGGUAACAGCAGGAGCGAAAGUCAAAUACAAAUAGAUGGACUUUGAAAAAGUUCAAGAAACCAAAUUUUGGGUGUGAUAAAAGAUGAUAAGAUUAAAUCUUAUUAAAAAAAAUAUCCAACAUAAAGUGGCAAGAAAUAGGGCAAUAAUGAAUAAAGCAAAUUAUUUUCUGGACCAAAAAUCACUCCACAUUCUCCACUGUUCACCAGUGUUACCAUAUCUGAGUUGUUGUGCAGAAAUAUGGACAAGACACUUUACCCACCUGCUCCCAGUGCCACCCGCACUGGUCUAAAUGGAGCUUUAAGAUGUAGAUAACGGGUUUCACUUGGUAAAAGGCUUGAGUCUCCAGAGAAAAGCGCUAUAUAAAUAUAAUUCAUGAUGGGUGAUAUACACAUUGAUUACAAAUACAUUGAAGGCAGACACCAUAGUUGACAUAUUUCACACAAGAGUCACAAUUUCUCUGUGAUUGUCCGUCCCAAGCUAAUGAAUAUUUUGGCAAAAUGAUGGUAAUAAGUAUUUUUUUCCUCGUUCUAUGUAUUUUUUUUUCUACAUUUAGUGCGCUGUCAAGUGCUUGUUAGUGUGCUUGCUAGUCUCGAAACACUGCAUGAAUAUAGCAGCAGACUGCGUCAGGUACGGACGAAAACUUAUACUUUGACAAAAUAAAAGCAUGUUUUUGUGUAACUUUAUGAGCUAGAGUAUGUUUACAACUACAUAUAGAUGCAUUAUUUUGGUUUAUUUUGCCAGAAAAACUGACGUCAAAACAGCAAUUGCAUCCUGGGGAGCAAACAUGGCGCAUAUUGUUUAUUUGACCAUACUCUUUUCGUACAUGACUGUGCCAUCCCAUCGCAGUUUUAUCUUCUGACCACCAAACAUGAUCCAACUCCAAAAUAUACAUUAUUUCUUUCACAUAGUGGCCUCGGCUCUGUUUGAAUUAGGGUCCUGUGAAGGCCCUAUUGAAACUGCAAUGUUUAUUAUUAUUAUCAAUCUAUAUGUUUGAAUGGAGUUUUGAGCCCCUUAAAGGGGAACUGCACUCUUUUGGGAUUUUUAUCUAUCAUUCACAAUCUUCAUGUGAGACAAGCACACUUAUGUUUUUCCUUUUUAAUGGAUUCUAACUAGUAAAAAAAAAGGCAAGCAUGAGGUGGCUAACAAUACAUUCUAAAAAAACAUCCAAAAUCCUCCAUCGCUUUAUUAUAUACAUGCUGUUGGUAUAUAUAUAAUCUAAUACCACUCAAAAUAACAUGUAAUAUGUACAUGUUUUUCUCAUUUUAAGCGUAUUCAUUAUACAGACGCAUGACAUAUUUCGAUAUAACCUUCAACAAUAACACUAAUAGUCAUGGCAGACUUCAUGAGAGGCACUGACUACUUUUGGACAAAUGAUGAUUGGAACUUUAUAUUUUUGAGCCUGACUACCGUAUUUCCUUGAAUAGCCGCCGGGGCGCUAAUUAAUUAAAAAUCACUUCUCACUCCUGUGCUUAUUCAAGGCAUGUGGUAAAAGUGAGCAGGUACUAAUAAUUUUAAAACCUCUUUUCACCCCUGCGCUUACCAAUGGCAUGCAGUAAAAAAUUGGACCGGUGGUUGGGGACCACUGCUCUACAACAUGUCAUCGCGCCCACCUUUACACCAUGCUAUCUGCGUGCCGGUAGGACGCAUGUAUUUCAUUGCUUCUCACACGAGAUUGCAAUGCAUACUCUAUUAACAGCCAUGCCGUUUACACUGAUGGUUGUGAUAUAAACAACUUUAACACUUAAUAAUAUGCGCCACACUCUGUGAACCCUAACCAAGCAAGAAUAACAAACACAUUUCUGAAGAACAUUGGCUCUGUAACACAUUCUAAACACAACAUAAGAAUUACCCAGAAUUCCAAUGCAUCCAUGACUCUUGGCUAUAUUACACACGCGCCCCCAACCCCGCCCACCUCAACCGACGCACUGGGGGGGGUUUGGUGCUAGCAGGUGUAUAAUAUAGCAAAGAGUCAUGGAUGCAUUGGAAUCAUGUUGAGAUGAAGAAUUUAUCCUAAUCCUCACACAGGUUAAAAAAAAAUCAAAAAAACAAAGUGGGCGCAAACGAGCGUUUGUGUGCAUUUUUCUCGCCGUCUCCAGGUCUAAGUUGAAUGUGAAAGUUGAUCAACUUCUUGGUUUAUGACAACCUUCUACCAUACAAGUGAGAGGUAUGAUUUAUAAUCUGGAAUUAACUUGUACCAACUCAGAAAAGUAUUUGUGUUCUUGUCUUAUAUGGGGAUUGUGAAUGAUAGGCAAAAAAAAACAAAAACGUGCAGUUCCCCUUAACUGUGAUGGUAAGCGGAGGUUGCAAAAGCAAUAUGGCACUUGCAAAGAGAAAUCAUUUUAAAAUGGGAUAUCUGGUGUAAAAAAAUAGAAGAAAAUAAGUUUGACGACCAUUUCAUUAGACCUAUAUUUGUAGCGUUCUUGUUUCUCGUCAUCUUGUCCACCAUUUAUCAUUAUUUAGCUUCCAAGCUAAGCUAAAGGGACGCACAGCAAACGCUGUAAAGAUGCCUGUUUGUAUAGAAAGUGUAUUUUUAAAAUAGCGAUAUGAGCUUUUUUAUUCAUAGUCAUCUGAUUGUUUUAUUGUGGUGUUUGGUUAUGAAACUCCGUCUUAAAUAGUUUAACUGGAUAUGUUCUUAUUUGCUAAUUACAGUAAAACAUAUGUAUUUUUACAAAAAUCCAGCACGGGGAGACAAAAACCCCCAAUCUUAUGAUUUAUUACGCUUUCAUUUCUACUGUGCUCUUGUUUAACUUUCGUAUUUGUUAUAUACUGUUUAUUUUGCAUAUCGAGUCAAAAUUAACAUUACCUAUGAAAUAUACUACAUAGGGUUUAAAAAAAUCUGAUUUAACUCUAGGUUUGGCUUGGUUAAUGCUAGCAUCUGCUUUUGGCGCCAUAUAUGUAUGGUUUACUCUUUUACAAGCUCCAAAAAUUAUUCUUCAAACUGACAUGUUUAUUUCUAGUCUGAGUUUAAGCGUAACGUGUAUUUUGAAGAAGACAUCAAUUGUUAAAAUCAGUGCAGUUUUUAAUUUGUGACAAGAAUAAUUAGAUUUUGAUUGUUUUUCACACCACAUUCUCUUACAAUAGCUUCUGCACUUUAAGCUUUUUAACCGUUAAUUGAUAAAAUAUGAAUAAAUGUAGAUUAAUAUAUAUGAAAUAUAUUUUGCCUGUUCUGACAUUUGUUUCUUUUUUGUGCCAUUUUAAUAUAAUGAUAAUAAUCUGAUGUCCCACAAAAUGUAGCACGUCCUACCUCAUAAAUUGUAACCUAAUAAUAAAUGUGUUCUUGUGUGACAAUACAGAAAUGCAUACCAUUUGAAUUAGUAGGACAAUACUCACCGUCCUAAAGAGUAUUUUCUAAGAUUAUGUUGCCGGAGUCUUCCUGUGUGGAGUUUGCAUGUCCUCCCCAUGAAUGCGUGGGUUCCCUCCAGGUACUCCAGCUUCCUCCCACCUCCAAAGACAUGCACCUGGGGAUAGGUUGAUUGGCACCACUAAAAUUGCCCGUCGUGUGUGAAUGUGAGUGUCAUCUAUUUGUGCUGGCUCUGCGAUGAGGUGGCGACUUCCGCCCGUCUGCAGCUGGGAUAGGCUCCAGCCACCCCCGCAGUAUAAAAUGGAUGGCUGGGUGUUGCCAUCCACAAGUGUUCUGCAGAGUAUUCUUUGUUUUGUUUUGUUUAAUUUGGCUGAUUUUUAACUCACAAUAAAGAAUGCUGAAACACUUUGUAUAUACAAAUGUUGUAUCUAAUCAGUUCAAAUAAAGCACGUUUAUUCAUCAAA